AUGGCCGACAGUGGAAGAGUUUCUUGUGGUCGCGAUUAUAAUUGUAUUCCUGACUUGGUUGUUGCUCUUAACUCAGCGUCACAAAGCGGGUUUGACUUCAUUUGUGCCCCAAUAUGUCACCCACGGUAUAAAAGAGAGUUUAUUGAUCCUCCGGCUGAUCGUACCAAGGCAUUUGCACGGGCUGAUCUUGUUUUAAACAGUCAAGAUUGGGGAAGUUUAGUUGUUGGUAAAAUUUCACCAUGGAUCAAUCUUGAUGCUACUGAUGACAUUGUGCGCAAAAACUCUGAAAAGGCUUUGACACAAGAAAUCAAUUAUGCCAUUCAUCUUGGYCUACCGUCCGUCAUGAUUAGCAUUAAUAGCUAUGACUGCAGYAAUCUUUCACAUUUUGUUAACGAUAUCCUCAUUAACUCACAUGUACAGCAGUUAUGGAUAAAAGUUCCAAUGGUUUCACCAGCAGAUUUGUAUGACAAAAGCUUGUUUGAAGAAGAUGAACAGAUGGAUAUCAGCAAAGAGAAAACCAAAGAACAGGAUACUUGGGAAUGGUGGAAUAAUUUUAGAUGUGUCUGUARCAACAAUAGAAAAGCUGGACUAGCUCUUGAAAUCUCAGAAAUGCUGCCGUCUGAUGCAGAAAUCAAAAGAUGGUGUGGUGAACCAAUCAAGGCUGCCAUCAUUCCUACUGACAUCUUCCUCACUAACAGAAAAGGUUUCCCAGUUCUUUCUAAAGCUCAUCAAGCAUUUGUUAGGCAGUUGUUCAAGUUGAAUGUUCAGCUAAUUUUGAGUGGCUGUUCCAAGCAUAAAAACAAGGGAAUUGGAUUUUAUUAUCAGUAUCUUGAGCAUCUUUAUCAGAGUCAACCAGCUUUAGAUAAUGUCAGCCAGUUUGCAAAGGGUUAUGAGGACUACUUACAGUGUCCUUUACAGCCUCUUUCAGAUAAUCUUGAGUCACAGACGUACGAGAUAUUUGAGCGGGAUCCUGUUAAGUACUCACAAUAUCAGAAGGCAGUCUAUGAAGCGCUGAUUGAUCGAGUUCCUGAAGAAAAGAAAAAUGAAAUUGUAACGGUCAUAAUGGUGGUGGGUGCAGGACGUGGUCCAUUAGUAAGAGCCUCUUUGACAGCMAGUGAAGAAUCAGGUCGAAAGGCACGUGUUUAUGCCGUGGAGAAAAACCCCAAUGCUAUUGUCACGCUUGAGACGUUAAAGAGGGAGGAAUGGGGAGAGAGAGUUACCAUCAUAUCAUGUGACAUGAGGGAAUGCGAACCUCCAGAAAAGGCUGAUAUUUUAGUUAGCGAGUUGUUGGGUUCGUUUGGAGAUAACGAACUGUCACCUGAAUGCCUUGACGGAGCACAACGUUUUUUGAAAGAUGACGGAAUAAGCAUUCCCAGUGAAUACACAUCKUACAUGUCACCUUUGUGCGCUCCAAAGCUGCACUAUGACUUAUCACAAGGGACGAAACUUGACAACAAAGGACCACAAGCUCCAUUCGAGACUCCUUACGUUGUAAGACUCCACAACGUUUACGUUUUGGCAGAACCGCAGACCUGCUUUACAUUUGUUCAUCCCAACAAAGAUAAACUGAUCGAUAAUUCACGCUACAUAACGCUAAACUAUGACGUAGAGACAAGCGCAAUGAUUCAUGGAUUCGCUGGAUAUUUUGAUGCUGUUCUAUUUAAAGAUGUGACCAUAAGUAUACACCCUGACACUCAUUCUGAAGGAAUGUUUAGCUGGUUUCCUUUCUACAUUCCUAUCCAGACUCCAGUAUACGUCGAGAAAGGCUCAACCAUUACUGUCCACCUAUGGCGCAAGUGCACCCGCCAGAAAGUCUGGUACGAGUGGUGCAUGACACGCCCAUCGCCUAUACCAAUACAYAAUCCUGCUGGGAGGUCUUACGUCAUCGGUCUUUAAGGCCCAUUAUGACMAUAAUCUAGGACUAAUACGACAUUUUAUUGGUGGAAGAUUUAACAUCUAAGAUGU